GAGCGCGUGCAGUAGAAGAGAGUGCGCGCAGAGACGGGAACUCACAGCCGACUAAGGAAAUGCUGUCUGGGUUUGGGAAACACGUCUGAAAUCGCAGUGCGACGUUUUGGAAAAACAGUUUAUAAUAAUGACGAAGGGUCCUGUAGUCCACUUUGGUGUGUUUUACGCUUUACUGUUUCCAGUCUUUGGCUUUGUACCUUCUCCAACAAAUGUCAGUCUUGUUUGUCACAACUUUGUGAAUGUGCUGUACUGGAACUACAGUAACCCGACUGAACAGCUGAAAUUCAGUGUAAACAUCGAUCCUUAUGUGAGUGAUUCCCAAACAGUUGACACUUCCCAGACGUACCUUGAUAUCAGCAACUACAGCAGAGAUGCGGGUGACGACUACAUUGUUUCUGUGACGGCACAUGACGGGCCAGAGAAAUCGGAAAGCGUCUCAUAUAAAUUCACCUACAGCAAAGACUUUUUUGAUAAGAACAAACAUAAAUGCUCUUUGGACUUUCCGGCUGUAAAUACAUCUGUCCACAAAGAUGUGAUUAAAGCAUCCUUUCAGCACCCUUUUUUACUUCAUAAGCAAGACAUUCUGAAGGAAGAAUUUACGUACACAGUCACACAUGAUGAGAAAAAGUUUUCAUACUUGUGUUGUGUGAAGGAUGAGCUGUGCACUGCAGAAAUCCACCUUAAUGAGAGCAUAGCAGGACAGUGUGAGAAGUUGAUAUUUGAUGGGAAGAUUGCUGGUAUUCCUUCAUAUACCUACAGAAAUGUUUGUGACCAUCAACAGACAGCUGAGACAGACAAAACGGGAUUAAUCUCAGCCUUACUAGGCGGAGGGACCAUCAUGCUCCUUAUUAUGAUGGGCGUUGUGUGGCUGCUCUGCAAGAAAUGGUCCAAAAUUCCCAAAAUUCCUGAAGUUUUGCGGAGCCUUAUACCAGGGCAAUCUCCUACAACCCAAGCCGAGCUGACUGAUGUUUCUCAAAUGACAUCUCAGAGACACACACCUCAACUGACAGGAGAAAGUUAUGAUCCUUUGCCAAUUCCCUUGAUGAAGGAAGUCUGCGAAGCAGACACUACUGUGCCCACUGGUGAUAGCACUGUAGUGGAUCUACCUGAAGAGGUUUCUGAAGAGGAUGUGAAUGAUGACGACUCUGAAGGCUUCUGCAGGUCGUCUGACUAUGACAGUCCCAAGUUCCUGCAGGAGAUGAGUCCUGGGGACCUUACUGAGGGAUACGGCCCACGACCACCAGUGCUUUAGGUCUGAGUGCGUGUAAGAAUGACACUGGAAAGUCUUUCCAUGUCUUGUGGAAAGAUGGCCACACCAAGUCGUUUGAUGUAAUGAUGUUAUUUUUUGGUUCAAUAACAAUUUCACACACUCAUCAGCAGCCGUGACAAAACUGUCACACCCAUGAAAAUCAAAGCUGUCUACGUUGCAGGCAGCGUGGCUUCUGUGACAUCUCUCGCAGUGCAGAACGUUUGAUUAUGGUGAGAGCGAUCUAGUUUUGCUGUGAUGUUUCCCACUAACUUGCAUUAUGAUAAAUGAAUGUGUAAAUAAAAUGUUAAAGGGGUCAUCGGAUGCUAAGUACACUUUUUCAUGUUGUGGCGUCACAUCGACAGAGGCCGCUCCCACGAUAAGUGAAAGUGAAAGUUAGUUGAAAGACGUGAGCGUCUUACCUCAGAUGAGCUGUCUCAGUCCAGCCUCCAUUCUUUCGAUGCCAGAGCAGGGAUGUAAAUUAGACAAGAAUAUCUCCGAUUGAGCGAUUGAGGUGUUGUGUUGCUGGAUGUAAUAAUGAACAUAGUGGUUGUCAUUUACUCCCGACAUCUUUGUUUGUGAAGGGAAUGCGCCUCCCGAUCUACAUAUAUCCAUCUAUGUUUGUGUGAAGAUCGCCUUUCCUAAUAAUGUGCUAGUUAGCAAGUGUAGCGGGUAAAUGCGGCUAAAGUAAACAGGCUUGUCAAUCCACAGAGAGAAGAGAGGGGCGGGGCGAGCAGAGCUCAUUUGCAUUUAAAGGAGCAAUCCCCUCAGAAUGGGAUGAUUUUACAGAGAUCAUUUUGACAAGGAAAAAAGGGUGUGGUUUUACACAACUAUUGAGAAUUUUUAACCAAAGUAUAUUAUAGACUUUUCAUUAAGACCCUAAAGAAUCAUAUCAACUUGUGGAAAAUGGGCAUCUGAUGACCCCUUUAAUUUUCAAAACAAAAAACAACAAAAAUAGGUGACAGUAUUAAGGGUGUCUACACAGUGCAUGUUUAUAGAAAAAUGGAUAAUGACCUGUCAGAAAUUAACCGGUAUGUUUUAUUACCAGUACUUUAUUACAGACAAUUAACACAUAUUAAUGGUACACUGGGCAGACUUUUCUUAGAGUGUAGUAUUUACGCUGCUUUAGAAAGUUAUGUGAAUCAAUUGAUGUCAAGGGAAUUGCAAAUAUGACACUCCAUCAGUCUGCCAAAAGUUGUGAAAAUGAUCAUUUUUCCUGAAACGCAUUCUGAAGUAGGCAUCCAUUAACCAAUGAGAUUUUCAGCAGCUGUAGCUUUCACACUGGAGAACUUUGCCAAGUUGAAUAUAUCAUGUGAUUGUCACAAUAUGCACAUUUCUAGCAAGGGCUUUAUUCUGUUACAUUUGUAGUGUUGGCUACCAUUAAUAUCUGCCAAAUGCUUUUUGUAACUGUACAAUUCUCUGGCUGAAAAGAUGUUACAGGUUGUAUAAAUAGAACAGCAUUACUCUCAAAACCUCAGGUACAUUUCUUAAAGGAGAGGUUCACUUCCAGAACAACAAUUUACAAAUAAUUUACUCACCCCCUUGUCAUCCACAAUGUUCAUGUCUUUCUUUCUUCAGUCGUAAAGUUUUUUGAGGAAAACAUUUCAGGAUUUUCUCCAUAUAAUGGACUGAUAUGGUGCCCCGAUGGUGCUUCCAAAAUGUAGUUUUAAAUGUGGCUUCAAACGAUCCCAAAUGCAGUUGUUAACGAUCCUAGCCAAGGAAGAAGGGUCUUAUCUAGCGAAACGAUCUGUUAUUUACAUUAAAAAAUACAAUUUAAAUACUUUUUAUUCCCAAACGCUCAUCUUGCCUUGCAGUCCUUAAACUCUGUGUAUUCUGGCUCAAGACAGUUAGGGUAUGUCGAAAAACCGUAUUUUCUCCCUCUCAUUUCAGAAACACCCUACAUCACUACAGCAGUACCGACACAGUCUUUGCAAAGUGAACAUGCAAAGAAGAUCAAACACCCUUAACAAAAAAGGUAAAACAGCGAUAUAGGAUGAUUUUGAAGUUGAGGACAUGAGAUGGGAGCUUUUCCACAUACACUAACUGUCAUGAACCGGACAAAAACAGUUCAGGCAGAGUAAAACAAGACGAGCGUUUGACAUUAAGAAGUAUAUAAAUUGUAUUAUUUUUAUUAAAAUAAUAAAUAAUAAAUGGCUGGGAUCAUUUACAACCGCAUUUGGGGUUGUUUGAAGCCACAUUUAAGAUGCAUUUUGGAAGUUCAAAAUCGGGGCACCAUAUCAGUCCAUUAUAUGGAGAAAAAUCCUGAAAUGUUUUCCUCAAAAAACAUAAUUUCUUUACGACUGAAGAAAGAAAGACAUGAACGUCGUGGAUGACAAGGAGGUGAAUACAUUUUUUUGUAAAUUGUUGUUCUGGAAGUGGGCUUCUCCUUUAACGUCACUUUCUAGUAUUUAGAAAAAUGCAAAGAUGUAGGGGUGGGCGAUCUUUCCAGAAUAUCAUAUCACAAUCUUAUAACGAGAAAUCACGAUCCACAAUCUGGAUUACGAAAUGUACUAGCAAGAAUAUCCAGAGUGGAACAAGCCUUUGACUUACCUAUUUGCUCAGUAUUACGUUAAUCAAUCAGUUGUCAAAAUGGUCAUUAAACGCUGAGUAAACUUUAAAUCACUGCAUCACUGUAUAAAUUGAAUAAACAUUGAUUCUUAUUAACGCUAUAGAGUGAUUCAGUCAAGAGCAGUGAGUAAUAUUCUGUUUUUUGUUGUUUCAUUAACAAUAAUGACACAGACAGCAGCAGGUUUAUUAGGCUGCUGUUUCUUUAAGACAGAAUCUAAUAUACUGACACACAUCCGAUUUUUUUUUCCAAUUGUUUAUGUUCAUUCAACACAUAACUGACUGUCUUUAUGUAAAAAUGACAUUUUGACAUUCUUUGUUUAUAUGUAACCCCAAGCUAACUUAGCUUGUUCGUGAAUGUUCAGAAUGCACCUGAGGAACAGUUUCUGUCGCAGUUUUAUGUACUUUUCUAAAAACAAAGCAUGCCGUAGACUGCCUUUCAAAACAGGCACAUUACAUUAUUUGACUAAUUUGGGUGUUAAGCUUUUAAGGACUGGUGAAAACGCACCACUUUAAAUGAUGAGAACUGCAUGUGGCACAAUAGAUCAUUUGAUUAAAAUUGAAACUAAAACUAACAUUUCAUUCAUUGCACUACUACUGUUAGCUCACAUUGAAUUGUCUUUUAAAAUAUCUCAGCACGCAUGAAAGUAAUAGAGACGAGUUACAGUCAUGUAGUAGGCAGUUCUUGCUGUAACAUUAUUGAUUCGCUUGAGAUUGUAAACAUAGAUCACGAUAAAAUCAUCCGAUCGCCCACCCGUAAUAAGAUGUAAGUUCAAGGGGGAAAAUAUAUAUGUGGUAUGACAUUAUUAAUGUGACUUUUUAAAAAAUGUAUGCACUUUUUUACUUGAAAUGCUUCUAUAAAAUUCUUCUAAUCUUAAAGAUUUAUGCUCCUUGGAAAAUGAAGCAAAUUUGCACUUAGUCAAAACUGAUUAAGAAUCAAGAAUAUAGGAGUCUCUACACUGACCAGAAAAGAUGACUACAAAAAGGCUAAUACAAAAUUUGUCCUCAGUCCAAAGAUUUACUAACCAUAUUCUCAUUUGCAUUGUUGCAGUUUAGCAGAAGCUGUUUUAUCUGAAAUCACAUACAAUAUGAAUCAGUAUGGGUAUUUCCAGAAAAAAUGCACUCAUGGCUUCACAGCUGCUGGUGCCAUAAUUUACAAGUUUGAUGAUUUUAUAUGUGUGUGUCAGGUUUCUGCACUUUGCACUAUUUUUUUCUUUUCUAAUAGUUUUUUAUUACUUUAUAUCUGUAUAUAAUGUCUGUUUAAUAUUCAUGUGCUUUGCUAUAUUUAGUUGUAAGAUAUUUUAAUCACAAUAAAUUAAUUGACUGGCUGCUUAAUUACUUGAGCUGUUGAUUACAGCUCUCUGGCACUGAAUGAACACAGUUUGGAGGAGAACUGGCUCCUUACUCCGCUCAGCUAGUGGUCACUUGAUUUGUUAACUUAGAAACAUCUUAAUAUGUAUGUACUGGUUGGCAGAACAGUUUACAAGCUGACAUUUGUAGGUAAAUACAUUUAAUAUUUCCUAUAUACUUGCAAACUAUAAGAAAUUUCAACAGUGUUAUGAGGUGUAAAGAAUGCAUUGCUUGUUUGAACUUUCCCCAAUAAAACAUUCAAAUAUCAA